CUUUGGGCUUUCUUCCACAGUCCGCCUGAUAUCCACAAUUUUGCCAAAAUGUUUUGAGGGUUGAACUAGAUUUUGAGAGCGAGUGUGACCACUUUGCUAAUGAAUGGUUCGGCUUCCAAUCCCACCCGCCAAAGCCUGUAAUUCAAACUUUGGCUCCAAGAAGCACCAAUGUCUCUUCCUCCUCAACCUCUGCCUCUCCUUCAAACCCUUCUCUCAAAUUCACGCCCAAAUCCAACUCUCUGGCCUCCACAGAGACCCCUACCUCCUCACCCAACUCAUCCGCUUCUGCGCUUUAUCUCCCGCCAAAAACUUCACCUACGCUCAAACCCUCCUCCACCACUCCCAUGCUUCGCCGCCGUCUUCCUGGAACUUCCUCAUCCGAGGCUACGCCUCCAGUGACUCACCCAGAGAGGCCAUCUGGGCUUUUCGCGCAAUGCUCCGCCGCGGAGUUAGGCCCAACAAGCUUACCUUCCCUUUUCUUCUCAAGUCCUGCGCCAUGGUCCCGGCGCUGAAAGAAGGGAGGCAAGCUCAUGGAUAUGUUUUCAAGUUGGGUUUGGACUGUGAUUUGUAUGUUCAGAACAAUUUGGUUCAUUUUUAUGGGGAUUGCAAGAAGAUCAAGGACGCAGUCAAGGUGUUCGAUGGAAUGUCUGAGAGGAGCGUUGUUUCGUGGAAUGCGGUUGUGACCGCUUGCGUUGAUAAUUUGCGGUUGAGUGAUGGGAUUGUGUAUUUUGUGAAGAUGAGGGAGUGUAGGUUUGAGCCGGAUGAGACUACGAUGGUGGUCGUGUUGAAUGCGUGUUCCGAGCUUGGGAACUUGAGCUUAGGACGAGGGGUUCACUCCUAUGUAAUUGCGAGGGGCUUGGUCUUGAAUUGUCAGUUGGGUACUGCGCUUGUCGACAUGUAUGCGAAAUCUGGGGCUUUGGGUUAUGCCAGGUUGGUUUUUGAUAGAAUGGAGGGGCGGAAUGUGUGGACAUGGAGUGCAAUGAUUCUAGGCCUAGCUCAGCAUGGGUUUGCCAAGGAAGCGCUUGAGCUUUUCCCAAAGAUGUUGAACUCUUCGAUAUGCCCAAAUUAUGUCACAUUUCUCGGAGUCCUCUGUGCUUGUAGCCACGCUGGACUGGUGGAUGAUGGAUACCGAUACUUUCAUGAUAUGGAACAUGUUUAUGGAAUUACACCUAUGAUGAUACAUUAUGGUGCCAUGGUGGAUAUCUUAGGGCGUUCUGGCCGUCUGAUGGAGGCUUAUAGAUUCAUGAAGAGCAUGCCCUUUGAACCUGAUCCCAUCAUAUGCAGAACAUUGCUUAGUGCAUGCAGUACUCAUGAUGUAAAUGACGAACUAGGGGUAGGAAAUAAAGUUAGAGAGAAAUUGCUUGAAUUGGAGCCGAGUAGGAGUGGGAAUUUUGUGAUGGUGGCAAACUUUUUGACUGAAACUGGUAUGUGGGACCAAGCAGCCAAUUUGAGGAAGGUCAUGAAAGAAAAACGGAUGAAGAAGAGGGCAGGGGAGAGCAGCGUUGAGUUGGGUGGAUCCAUCCAUAAGUUCUUUUCUGGCUAUGAUUCUCAAUCCGACUAUGAGGAUAUCUAUCGGAUACUAGAUAUAUUGAGCUUGCACAUGAAGUUGGUUGACACGUAGUCCAAAAUCACUUAUGAGACCUCCUUCAUUUCAAAAUCUCAUGAUGGAAUAGCAAAGUUUUGAUUUUUUUCCCCCUUCAUUUUCAAACUUCAAUAUCUGCUAUUCUAGCACAGAAUUUCUUAUUCAUUUACAUCCAAUACAGGAUCAGAGCAUAUGUUACUAAUUUGCUUCACUAAGUUGGUUUAGCAAGCUGCAAGCCUGUAAUUCCAUAUAUAAGAUGGACAGAG